GCGAGGCUGCUCGGGCCGACCCCCCCCGUUCCGCUCCGGCGCCGAGGCGAGACUGGAGAGGGGCUCCCGGGCCGCCCCGCCACGGACCCCGCCUUCCCGCGCCCGGAAGCCUUCACGGGAGGCCGCUCCGGCCGCGAAGAGGCGAAGCUCCCCGGCCGGCCGGGGAGGAGCUUCCUAGGUUGCUAAGUAACGGGCGCCCGCUUCCUGCCCAGCGCGGCUCGGCCUUCCCCUCCGCCGUUGCUGCCGCUGCCGCCGCUGCCGCUGCGGGAGACGAGAGGGGGAGGCGGCCAUGGCGGCGGGCGGGCCGCGCGGGUGGUUGCUGGCGCUGCUGGUGGCGCAGGUCUCCGGAGAGUUCGGCGUGGUGCGCGUCUUCCCGGAGAAGGGCGGAGGCGGGAAGGACUACUGCAUCCUCUUCAACUCGCAGUGGGCCCACCUGCCGCACGACCUGGGCAAGGCGUCCCUGCUGGCGCUGCAGGAUCAGACGGUGUCGGCCUUGUGCGCGGCCUCCGAGGUGCCCGAGGGCGGCUUCGGCAACGCGGUGCCCAUGGUGAUGCGGGGCAACUGCACCUUCUACGAGAAGGUCCGCCUGGCGCAGGUGAACGGCGCCCGGGGGCUGCUGAUCGUCAGCAAGGAGAGGCUGGUGCCCCCCGCUGGUAACCGGAGUCAGUAUGAGGAAAUUGACAUCCCAGUGGCCCUGCUCAGCUAUGCAGAUAUGCUGGACAUAGGACAGAGCUUUGGUCCUUCGGCCAAGGUAGCCAUGUACGCCCCCGGCGAGCCCGUCCUGGACUAUAACAUGGUGAUCAUCUUUGUCAUGGCGGUGGGCACGGUGGCCGUGGGUGGAUACUGGGCCGGGAGCAGAGAUGUGAAAAAACGCUACAUGAAACACAAGCGGGAUGACGGGGCUGAGAAGCAAGAAGACGAGACGGUGGACGUCACUCCGGUCAUGAUCGGCGUCUUUGUGCUCAUGUGUUGCUCCAUGCUGAUCCUCCUGUAUUACUUCUAUGACCAACUAGUCUACGCCAUCAUUGGGAUCUUCUGCCUGGCCGCUUCCAUCGGCCUCUACAGCUGCCUUUCCCCCUUCGUCCGGAGGUUCCCCCUCGGGAAGUGCCGCGUUCCCAGUAACAACUGGCCUUAUUUCCACAAACGGCCCCAAGUCCGGAUGCUGCUCCUUGCUGCCUUCUGCGUUGCUGUCAGCCUGGUCUGGGGUCUCUUCCGAAAUGAAGACCAGUGGGCCUGGAUCCUCCAAGACGCUCUGGGCAUCGCCUUCUGCCUCUACAUGCUGAAGACCAUCCGAUUGCCAACGUUCAAGGGCUGCACUUUGCUCCUCCUGGUCCUCUUCGUGUACGACGUCUUCUUCGUCUUCAUCACUCCGUACCUGACCAAGACAGGGGAGAGCAUCAUGGUGCAAGUGGCUGCUGGACCCACGGACUCCUCCACUCGUGAAAAGCUCCCCAUGGUGCUCAAGGUUCCCCGGCUCAACUUCUCCCCACUGGCCCUCUGCGACAGGCCCUUCUCCCUCCUGGGGUUUGGGGACAUCUUGGUGCCAGGUCUGCUUGUAGCCUAUUGCCACAGGUUUGACAUCCAAGUCCAGUCGUCCAGAGUCUACUUCGUAGCUUGCACCAUAGGUUACGGCAUCGGCCUCCUGGCGACCUUUGCAGCCCUGGCCUGGAUGCGGAAGGGCCAGCCGGCGCUCCUCUACCUGGUGCCCUGCACGCUCCUCACCAGCCUCCUCGUGGCCCUGUGGCGCCGGGAGCUGGCCACGUUCUGGACGGGCAGCGGCUUUGCGAAAGAGCUACCUCAUCCUCCCUUAGUCGUCUCCCCCGCCAGCUGCCCUGCUCCCCCGAAGGGGGGGGUACCUCCAGCAUCCCACCCAGAGGCCGACGGAGAAGCAGCCGCCGCCACUUCCCCCCCCAGAGAGCCCGCCAGCACCCCCGUGGGCCCCGAGGAGGAGGAGGAGCCACACGCCCCUUUCCUGGAGGUGGAGCAAGAGGCGAAGGAAGAGGAGACAGAUGCUGCUGAGCCCCAGCCUGGCCAGCCGACGGCCCAGCGGCCAGAGGGAGAGUCCCCAGGUGACCCUCUGAAGGACGACCCUCCGGGACAGAUGAGCCCCCCAGCCGAGCAUAGUCAGUCUGGCUAGACUCCCCCCCCCCUCCUGCCCCCCCCCCAGUGCAGCUGAGGACUGGUUUGCUCCCCCCCUGUGCGCUUGGGCCGUUAGGAGACGACUCCCAGGUUGGACUUUGGAGGGGGGGGCGGCCCUCUGUGUUUUAUACCAAAUCCCUAAUUCCGUUUUGAAUAUGGUGCUUUUACAACGGUUCGAAUAGAAUUUCAGCAACUAUGGAAAAGACAAAUCAGGAAGCAGAUGCCUUUCCUUCCCCCGUUUUAGUCUGCUGGUUAGUAUUAAUAUCUUUAUAUUAAAAAAAAAACAACUGUAGGCAGUAAUUUGCACUCGUGUGGCCACGAUAAUCGCUUUAGCAUACCUAGGGCUGCUGUGUGUGGGAAGAAGCUCUUCUCCGGCGGUUUCCUCUUUUUAAAACUCAUCCCUCCGUGGGAGGCGCUCGGCAGGGCUGGUCGUCCUUCCCAGGGGCCAUCCAUUCCCCCUGUCCUCCAUGAACGAGCCGGUCUCAGAAGAACCUCUCCGUCUCCCCAGGCUUUCAGUUCUGUCUGUCUCUUCUGGGGGCUCGGGUGCCAGGAGAAAGGGGUGCCGGGGCCUAGCAGACUAACACUAGGGGCCGGGCACCCUAAAUUGCUGGCCCCUUAAGCUCAGGAGGACGUGGGGUGCCUUUCCCUGCUCUCGGGGGCUGUCGCUUCAGACCAUCCAGGCCCGGCAGGGACCCGCAGCUCUUUGUGGAAGUGGCUGCCUCUGCCUGUGGCCGGCCUGCAGCUGCCCUGAGGCCACUUCCAGGGAACAAGGCCGUGCGAGAGGCAAGAAGUCUUCCUGCAAAGGGGCUGCCGGAGCCCCGCUUAGGCGCUGCAGCCCUGGGUCUUAGUCUGCUGAAUCCCUGGAGGUGGAGGCAGUGGGCCGGGGUGAGUGGGGCCCUUCUCUUCUGGCCCCGCUGGGACUCGAGGAGAAGGUUCCUGACGGGCGGUUUGGGGAAGGAGGUGGCUGCAGCUCCCCCCUCCCCCGGUCCCCCUGGGGGUUUGGGGGGGGUGUGCCCAUUGAGGCAGCAGGGGCCUGGCAGGUGGGGGAACCGGCAGCCUUCCAGGGACAAUAGUCUUAAGACGGGGAGUGUCGGGUCCCCCUUCAGCUUCUCCGCCUCGGCAUCCUGGGCCAGAGGGUUUCUGUGUUGUCUUUGUGUUUCAGUGUAGUGUGUUUGCAUUCUUCUUUUUUGUUGUUGUUGUUCUUUGGACUGUAAAAUGUAGCUUUACAAGCCUGCAUAUUAAACGUUUACUGGCUUCUGCUGAGUGGCUGGCUGGUCCCCUGCUUUUGGCUCUCAGCCGGGGAAGGGACACGACAGCCUCGUUUCUCCCGAUCUUUCGGGAGCAGUGGAUGGAGCGGGGCCCGGGGGGGGCCUGGCUCUCUCUCUCAUGCAGAACGACGGGCACUGUUUAGACACUACAGGAUUUUGCCUUAAUUUAAGCCAUUUUAUAAAUAAUGUACAUGGAACUUUUAUUUUACCGAAGCAGGUUAAAAAUAAACUUGAAACUUGAGUUGCUCAUUCCCAAA